UUAACAAUGUAACAGUACGUUUUCCUGACUAUUGCAAUGUGUAAUUUAUUGUGAUGCAUGUGUUUUUUUUAGGCAACAUAAUCAAGGGCAGAGAAGAAUCCGAAAAACACGAAAGAAGCUUCAUAAACAAAUACAAGAACUAAAGGUUCUGUUGAAAAAAGAAACACAAAAAACACAAAAGUACAAGAAAAAACUCCAGCGCAUUAAAAAGAAAAAUGCAUCUCCACGCACAAAGGUAAACAAACAGUUGAGACAGCUUCCAAAUGUGGCCAUUCGGAAGACUCUUUUGUUUCAUGAAGCUCUGGUGGAGGAAAUCCGAAACAAGUACAAAAAUGCACAGGGGGAGAGGGAAAAGCAAAUUAUUUCAAAAGUGAUAAUAGGAAAAGCUCUAAAAAAGUACAGAAUGCAACGCUUUGCUCUAAAUUCAUUGGGCUUUUCAACUAAAAGAUGCAAAAAUGAGAACACUAAGGUCAACUACAUAUACCAACGGAAGCGGAACAACAGAGGUGCGGAUGGUCUGAUAAGCAGAGGGAUUUUUACUCAAGGGAUGACGUGAGUCGCAUCACAACUGGGAAGAGGCAGACCCUCACUCAGAAGAAAAGCAAAAACGGUUCCUUUUGGAUACCAUGAAAAAUGUGCACAGGAAGUUUUUGGCUGAAGAACAAAGCUCCAUCUCUUACUCUUCUGUAAGCUCAGACCUUUUUGGGUUGUUCAUCCGACUCUGAGUGAUCGGGAAACGUGCAUGUGCAAGAUGCAUGAGAAUCUGGGUUUUCUUGUGCAGAAGCUACACUACUUGAAAGUAAUCAGCACCGUCAACCUGGAUGACCUUGUAAAAGAGAUCUCAUGUAAGACAGAAAACAUAAAGUGCAUGUAUGGAGAAUGUUCUGAGUGCAAGGACCUCUCUUGUCCAGUCUCUACAGAGUACAAUCCAGAGAAUUAAGUGUGUUUUAUCCAGUGGGUAGUUGAGGACAAGCAGCACAAGAAUGACCCCGAUGGCAAAACAUCUAAAAUCACAAUCAAAAAAGAGUUCCAGACCACUCAAGAAAAACUGCUGGAACAGCUCAACCUGCUGCUGCACAGGUUUAAGAGACACACUUUUAACAUAAAAAAUCAGUUUACCCACUACAGGGCAUUGAGACAAAACUUAAAAGCACAUGAAUGCGUAAUUCAUGUUGACUUUUCAGAAAAUUACCUCUGCAAGUACAACACAAAUACAAGCAGUCCACUUCGGAGCAUCACAUCAGCAGGCAACCCUGCACACAGGUGUGCUUUAUGUGCAUGCAACCCCUCACCCAAUGUCCUUCUGCACAGUAUCACCCUCAAGAAUAAAGGGCCCACCAGCAAUCUGGCAGCACUUAUCACCAGUGCUUGAUCAUGUGCAGAGUGCACAUCCAGAGGUCUCUACGAUACAUUUUUACAGUGAUGGCCCUUGUACGCAGUACAAACAAGGUAAUUUUUUCUUGUUUUGUACUGAGCUGUUCAUGCGAGGAUUCACUGCCGGGACAUGGAACUUUUUUGAGGCGAGUCACGGGAAGGGUGCCCCGGAUGGUGUGGGAGGGGCCCUGAAGAGGAGGGCUGACGGUCUAGUCAGCCAAGGAAGAGACAUUCCGGAUGCUGCAGAGCUGUUUGCUGUGUUGCAAGAGACAAACACAAAAAUCAAGCUGUUUUUUGUCAGCGAAGAAGCAGUUGAUAAAGCAGUUUCUGAGAUGCCCAAUGAUGUGCCACCAGUUCCGUCCACUAUGAGGAUCCAUCAGGUAGUGUCCCAAGCCCAUGGAGAACUGAUAUACAGGGACGUCAGCUGCUUGUGCACAGCAACCCAAAAUCUGAACUGCCGGGUUAAUGCAAAGCAUUUCAAGUUCAGCAAUAAGCAGACAGCUCCCAUGGCUCCCACAGUGACAGAAGUUCAGUGGCAAAGUCCUGAAGUUGUUGGCAAAUGGUGUGUGCUGAAGUACGAUGGUGAUAUGUACCCUGGUGUCAUCACAGAUACAAGUGAAACACAUGUUGAGGUCCGUUGUAUGCAGAAGAUUGGAGUCAACAGAUUUUUCUGGCCAGCCCGCGACGACAUCCUUUGGUACUUGUUUGAGGACAUUGUGUGCAUCAUCCCACCCACACGGGCAGUCACAGGUCGUCACAUGGAAAUUGAGAGCGAAGUCUGGGCCAAACUAGAGACAGCUUUUUAGAAAAGGUCAGGCAAGUGGUUUUCAUUAAUUGAGUGCAAUUCUAGCUAAAACACUGUUGGAUGUAGUUUCUGCAAAUGAAUAUGUUUUGUUUUGUACAUGAAGAUGGAGAGAAACCAGGAUCCAGACACACCCACCAUG